CUCGAAAGCAGCUGGUUUUCACUCAACCUACUAGAAGCAUUACCAACAUAUUCUCUCUCUCUCUGAGGAAUAAGCUGUCUAGGGACAGUCACAUUGCACGCGCAGGUCCUCAACUCAGCAGCCAGUGCCUAUACCCUGGCCUUCAGUACUUUUUAUUCCCGCCUCUUCAGACAUACAAAAACCCGGUCAUGCAUCUUUUGCGCUGACAUUCGCCCCCAUCUACUCAUACCGUCGCGUCGCCACUUUACCCGCCCCUUUCACCGCACCUACACUCCAGUGAGCGACAAAACCCACCAGAAUUCGAAGGCGAUGGCAACUCAGGUUGAAAGGCUGCUGGCCGACCGCACGGCGAACAGCAUACCGGAGGAACCCCACGCGUCCCCGUCGGCUGCCCCGUCGCUCACUUAUUCGGAGUCUGCCGACGAGCAAGAAAUUGAGGAACCCCGCCAAGCCGAACUUACACGUCGCCGACGCGCCUCGACAGUCCUAAUUGCCCGGAGCCCUGCUGAUAUCCAACGCAUUACCGGCGAGACAACAAGCCAAUUGAUUAGGCGGUGCUGCGGAGGAGGCUGCUGUCUUGACGGCGGGGCCCGAAGAGAAGGCGUCGAGUACGAAGGCAUUGAUCUUCCCGACAAUGACGCAUUCCGAUCCCUGUUCCUCAAGAUUGACGCAAUCCCUGUUGCGCUUACCAACGUCACCGACCUGCCCGAGCAAACCGUUUUUCUACAACCCCUUCGACGGCCCUCGACCAUACCAUCCCCCACUGACUCGGCAAUUUCUCUUGGCGAUGAUUCCGGCAAUGAUACCAAAAGCCCCACCCAAACUGCGGAGCUAGAGAAGAAGGGUCUCCCAACCCUGGGUUUGGAAGACCUCGACACCAAGAUCCAGCCUCCAUCUUUCGUGCAACCGCAUCCUCCCCACCACGUCUUCCCGGCGCGCAUCCAUAACACACGGGAAUUAACGCGACCUGGCGCGGAGAAGCGAACCUUCCACUUCGAUCUCGACGUCACGGACUAUCCAGAAGGCGAGGGCAUAGAUUUCAAGGUCGGCGGUGCCAUUGGCGUGUCUGCUCCUAACGAUGCUGCGGCCGUUGAUGAGAUCCUCGAUCUCCUCAUGGUUCCUCGCUUCAUCCGGAACAAGCCCGUCCUUCUUGAGACCACCAAGGGGCGCUGGCCAACCGUAUGGGGCGAGGACCAGGCUCGCGAGCUAGUGACUACGCGCCGGGACUUGCUUACUUGGUGUUCCGAUAUCCAGUCGUACCCGCCUACAAAGCAGCUCCUUCGCGUCCUUGCAGAGCACGCAACGAAUGAAAUUGAACAGAGGGUACUCCUCUUCCUCUGCGCAGGCGAGGGCCAGGGUAUCUUCUGCGAUUUCCGAACCGGCCCACAUAUCUCGCUCGCGCAACUUCUACACGCAUUCCCUAGCGCCAAACCUCCUCUGGAUCUCGUCCUCUCGGUUCUGCAGCCUAUCAUGCCACGCUUUUACUCGCUCUCCAAUGACCCUCAUGAGUCUUUCGAGACGCGGGACGGCAAGCAGCACCGCCUGAUUGAGCUAGCCGUCACCGUCCAUGACACGAAUGAUUGGCGAUCAGGCACCCGUAUGGGCCUUGGCUCUGGUUUCUUCCAGCGACAAGCCUUGAGGUUCCUCGAAGCUCGAGAGAAGGGCGAGAAGAAUCCCGACUUUUAUAUUCCUAUGUUCAAGGGCCUGAUGUCCAAUCCGCUUGCCAAGGAGUUCGUCUCCGACGGCCCUAUGCUCCUGAUCGGUGCCGGCGUCGGCAUUGCUCCGUUCCGAGGGUUUGUCCAGAGGCGACUCAAGACGGCCAACUGCGCCAACAAGGUCUGGGUCCUCCAGGGAGUUCGCGACUCGCUCGUCGACGAGCUGUACAGCGGCGAAUGGGGUGUUCACGAGGACGAGGUCAAGAGGGUCGUGGAGAGCCGCCGCGGCGAGGGCCGCUACGUGCAGGAGGAGGUCAAGAACCAGACCGACCUUGUCUGGUACAUCAUCAACUCGGUCGACGGCCGAGUGUUCGUCUGCGGUAGCACCAAGGGCAUGGGCGAGGGUGUCGAAAAGGCCCUCAUCGAAGUCGCCAUGGAGAAGGGCAACCUUGGGCGCGAGGAGGCCGCGAGGUUCUGGGAGUUGAAGAAGGAAGCCGGCCAGUACAUCGCAGAGACCUGGUGAUUGAUCCCACAGGUCCUGGAGCUGUUCGACCGGAGGAAGGGACAGUUAAUUUCAUUGAGGUUGCUUCUACUUCUGUUGCAUAUGCCAUGGUGGCAACGCUCUGGCAGGCUUUGAUAAAAAGCGUUUUUCUCUUAUUGGGCUCAUGGGCAUUUGAAGAUAGGAACAAAACUAGAUAUGGCGUCGGCGUCAGCAUGGGGUCGAAUUUGGGAUCUAGCAAUCGCGGGAUCGCGAGCGUGGUAUCAUCUGGACAGGGAUAGAGCAAGAAGACAUCACGAAGACUGGCAGACUCGGGAAGGUUAUUUCUCUCGCGAUGUAGUUUUAUUCUCACUGUAGUUUACACACUGCCAUGAUCAGUUCAUGUCGCACUUUUCCCUCAUAUUCCCGCGAUGUUUCCCCUGAUGUUUCCCCUGCAAGGGUUCCAGAUAAGAGAGUCUCUAUAAGGAUCCCAAGAGAGCCAAAG